UCUACCACCACCAAACAGAAACAGAACCCCGUACCGCCGUUGAGGCGUUUCGUCGAACAGCUUCCGACCACCUUUUUGCUGUGGCCCCGUCGCCCGGUGCCGUUGCCCUUUCGAGCCCGCCAUCGGCGACAUCCUACGUAGCUCUCCGGCGACCUUCGCCGCCACCAUUCCUAUGCCUUGCCUCGCACGGCGGCAUGGGACUCUUCGCCGCUCCCCGUGCUCGGCAGGCACAUCGGUGUCGUCCGCUCCGCCAAGACGCAACUCUGGGACAGACGGAACUGGCGGCAGAGAUGCCACCAGCACCGAGCUCCGUCAGUGCGUUCAUCCUUUGGGGGCGGCCCUUUGCUUGCGCUUCCCGUUGCAUCCACCAGUGACAAGGCGGGUGUGGGGCCUGUGUAGUCCUUAUAGCAAAGUAUAACCCCGCAGCAGAUGAAGUUACUGAAUUUUCAGCAAGUUCAUGCCUAACACUUCUUUACAGUAUAAAUUUCUGUUCAGUUAUCACUACUGAGGGUCUGGGGAAUACACAAGAUGGUUUUCAUGCUGUUCAGAAAAGGAUGUCUGGAUUUCAUGCCUCUCAGUGUGGCUUUUGCACUCCUGGCAUGUGCAUGUCUAUUUUCUCUUCCCUUAUCAAUGCUGACAAAUCCAAGAGGCCUGAACCACUAAAUGGCUUCUCAAAACUAACAGUAUCAGAAGCAGAAAAGGCUUUCUCUGGCAACUUGUGUAGAUGCACUGGUUACCGUCCAAUUGUUGAUGCCUGCAAAAGUUUUGCAUCAGAUGUUGAUUUGGAGGAUUUGGGCCUUAAUAUAUUCUGGAAGAGAAGUGAUAGGAACCCAGACGUUAGUAAAUUGCCUAGUUACACUCUUGGUGGUGGAAUCUGCACUUUCCCGGACUUUCUAAAAUCUGAGAUCAAAUCUUCACUUAAUCAUCCGAAUGAUGCUUGUAUUGCAGUCUCCAGGGAGGGCUGGUAUCAUCCGAGAAGUAUCAAACAAUAUUAUGAGUUAAUAAAUUCUGGUUUAUUUGGUGAGUCCACCAAAGUGGUUGUUGGGAACACUAGUACUGGUGUAUACAAGGAUCAAGACCUCUAUAAUAAGUAUAUUGACAUUGGGGGCAUUCCAGAACUUUCAAAUAUUGUAAGACGAGAAGCGGGAAUUGAAAUUGGAGCGGCUACAACAGUUUCUAGGACCAUCGAGAUACUUCAGCAAGGAUGUGAAUCCAUAUACUCUCCAAAUGGGAGUGUGGUUUUCAGAAAACUUGCUGAGCACAUGAGCAAAGUUGCUACACCAUUUGUCCGUAACACAGCUAGCCUUGGAGGAAACUUAAUUUUGGCACAGAAAUACCCAUUUCCCUCAGACAUUGCAACCAUACUUCUCGGUGCUGGUUCAACUGUUUGUCUUCAGGUUGUUGCAGAACGAAGACAUAUUACAUUGGAACAGUUCCUACAGCAGCCUCCUUUGGAUACCACCACUUUACUCCUGAACAUAUUUAUUCCACAUUGGGUUUCAGAUUCUCAGACAGAAACAAAUUUGGUCUUUGAAACAUACCGAGCAGCACCUCGUCCUCUUGGCAAUGCUGUUUCAUAUGUAAAUUCUGCUUUCUUGGGACAUGUUUCAUUGGAUGAACUGUCAGAUACUCUUGUAUUGAGUAAUCUGCACUUGGCUUUUGGUGCAUACGGAACAGAACAUGCUAUUAGAACAAGGAAGGUGGAGAAAUUCCUAACUGGUAAAUCACUCACUGCAUCUAUUGUACUUGGAGCAAUUCAGUUACUCAGAGAGACAAUUGUACCAAUGGAGGGAACAUCACAUCCUGAAUAUAGGGUUAGUGCGGCUGUUGGUUUUCUCUUCAGUUUCCUGUCUCCACUUUCUAAAGGCAUUACAGAGCCUGGAAAAACUCUGACCAUGAGUUCUGCUAAUUCGGCAGAUACAGAUGAUGUCUGUAACCUGCCGUUAUCAUCACGUCGAGAAACAAUUUCCAGUGAUGAAUAUAAACCAGUUGGCGAGCCAAUUAAGAAGUAUGGUGUUGAAAUUCAAGCUUCUGGGGAGGCAGUAUAUGUGGAUGAUAUUCCUGCUCCAAAGAAUUGCCUCUAUGGAGAAUUUAUUUACAGCACACAACCUUUUGCUUAUGUCAAGAGUAUUAAAUUCAAGUCUUCUUUAGCAUCAGAGAAGAUCAUUGCUGUUGUUUCUGCAAAGGAUAUUCCAAGUGGAGGACAAAACAUUGGAUCAACCUUCAUGUUUGGGGAUGAACCACUAUUUGGCGAUCCAAUUGCCCAGUUUGCCGGACAAGCUCUUGCAGUUGUGAUUGCAGAAACACAGAGAUAUGCUGACAUGGCAGCAAAGCAGGCUGUUAUUGAAUAUGACACUAAAGAUUUGAGCCCACCAAUCUUAACUGUGGAACAAGCAGUGGAAAACAAUAGCUACUUCAAAGUUCCCCCGGAUUUGUAUCCAAAAGAAGUUGGUGAUGUUCCCAAGGGCAUGGCAGAAGCUGAUCACAAGAUCCCAUCAGCUGAAGUAAAACUUGCCUCUGAGUACUACUUCUACAUGGAAACACAGACAGCACUAGCCAUUCCAGAUGAAGAUAACACCUUAGUAGUUUACAGUUCGUCGCAGGACCCUGAGCUUGCACAAAGUGUCAUAGCUAAGUGCCUGGGAAUUCCAUUCAGCAAUGUGCGUGUCAUUACAAGAAGGGUUGGAGGUGGCUUCGGUGGAAAGGCAUUCAGAUCAUUCCAUGUUGCAACAGCAGCUGCAGUUUGUGCAUACAAGUUACGUCGUCCUGUACGGAUGUACCUUAAUCGCAACACCGAUAUGGUUAUGGUUGGCGGUAGGCACCCAGUGAAAGCUAAUUACUCUGUUGGAUUCAAAUCUGAUGGGAAAAUUACGGCCUUGCACCUAGAUCUACUAAUUAAUGCUGGGAUAUCGGAAGAUGCAAGCCCCAUAAUACCAGGCACUAUUAUAUCAAGUGUGAAGAAGUACAACUGGGGUGCUCUGUCAUUUGACAUCAAGCUCUGCAAAACAAAUAAUACAUCUAAAUCUGUAAUGCGUGCUCCUGGAGAUACGCAAGGCUCUUUAAUUGCUGAUGCUAUCAUUGAGCAUGUUGCUUCGGUGCUAUCAGUUGAUGCUAACAGCGUGAGGGAAAAGAAUUUUCACAGCUAUGAUAGUCUUCAGUUGUUCUACCCAGAUAGUGCAGGUGAAGCUUCUACAUACACAUUACAUUCCAUUUUUGAUAGAUUGGUGUCUACUUCGAGCUACCUGGAUCGAGCUGAAUCCAUCAAGCAGUUUAACAAGUGCAAUAAGUGGCGGAAACGGGGCAUCUCUUGUGUGCCCCUCAUUUUCAAUGUUGAACCGAGGGCAGCUCCAGGAAGAGUUUCCGUGCUCAAUGAUGGCUCCAUCGUGGUUGAGGUUGGAGGAAUUGAAAUUGGGCAAGGACUGUGGACGAAAGUACAGCAGAUGACAGCUUUUGCUCUGGGACAGUUAUGGCCAAAGGGGUGUGAAGGCCUUUUAGAGAGAGUGCGUGUUCUACAGGCUGAUACCUUGAACUUAAUACAAGGCGGACUUACUGCUGGUAGCACUACAUCUGAAUCUAGUUGUGCAGCAACCCUUCAAGCGUGCAAUAUGCUGAUUGAUAGAUUAAAGCCAGUCAUGGAUAGGCUGCAGCUGCAAUCAGAAAAUGUCUCAUGGGAUACUUUGAUUUCUCAGGCCUCUCAGGAAAAUGUUAAUUUGUCUGCAAGUGCAUACUGGGUACCUGGCCAAUAUUCUAAUAAGUACGUGAAUUAUGGAGCUGGUAUAAGUGAGGUGGAGAUUGAUCUUCUUACAGGAGCAGUUACUUUACUAAGGGGUGAUCUUGUGUAUGACUGUGGGAAGAGCAUGAACCCUGCAGUGGACUUAGGCCAGAUUGAAGGUUCCUUUAUACAGGGAAUUGGUUUCUUCAUAUAUGAAGAAUACCUCACGAACAGUGAUGGCCUGAUGAUUAGCAAUAGCACAUGGGACUACAAGAUCCCAAGCGUCGACACCAUCCCAAAGCAGUUCAAUGCCGAGGUGCUGAACACUGGAAUCCACAAGAACCGUGUGCUUUCUUCAAAAGCUUCUGGUGAACCUGCCUUGGUUCUUGCAUCAUCCGUCCAUUGUGCAUUGAGAGAAGCUAUCCGAGCAGCUAGAAAGGAGUUUGCAAACAGCAAUAGAUCUGGAAGCUCACCACUGGCAUUUCAGAUGGACGUCCCUGCACCAAUGACAGUGGUGAAGGAACUAUGCGGUUUCGAUAUUGUGGAUAAGUACUUAGAAAGCCUAUCUACCCAUGAACUUGGAACUGGGGCAUAAUCUACAGUCCUGUUGUCUCAUCCAAAGGAGCAGUAUGAUCCUAUCGUGUGUUGUUUACAAUAAAGGGGAAUGGUCAAAUAGGCACAAAUGCUUGAAUCGUUUAAACAUUGUAUGGCUGUGCCUCCACGCCACCCGAAAAUUAAAACAUAAAUGGUUUGUAUUGAUAAAUCCUAUUUAAACCUAAAUGAAGUGGUUGUGUUUAAUGUUUA